AUGGCUUACUUCUUCUGGGAAGACGACGGCAUUGUACAAAUGUUGACCGAAUUUGAACCGCAAUUUGUUCAUCAAUUCGUUUCAUUGCCUUCCAACGUGGAACGGGCUGAUGUUUUCCGCAUUUUGGUCUUGAAAUGGUUUGGUGGAAUUUACGCAGACGUGGAUACUCGACCGCUACGCCGGCCUGCUUCUUGGAUCUCAGCCUCCGACCUUGCUGCUUGGACGGACUCCGUCGCGGAAAUGAGCUUUUCUUUCGACAACCCAGUAGGCAGCAUUCUUGGCAUAGAAGCUGAUUGUUCGCCCAACAAGAAUGAUUAUUGGCGUAUGGGAUAUUCUUACCCUGUGCAACUUACGCAGUGGGCCUUGGCUUCAAGCUCGGGCCACGCCAUUCUUCUACGCUUCAUGGACAUCCUUCAACGCAGGCUGGAGGAUGUAGCCAGGCGCAACCGGGGAGAUAUCAACGCUCCAGAGGCAGUCAGGGAACUCCGACAGAUUGGACCCUUGUCUUUGACAGGACCAGUAGCCGUGACAAUCGCGGCAAAGACUUGGUUGGAGCAGCGAACAGGACUGCGGUGGAACGGUCUGACGGGAUUGCUGGACGGUGGUCAAAGCAAGCUCGUGGAAGAUGUUCUGGUUUUGCCAAUCACCGGAUUUAGCCCCGGUCGAGGCAGAUAUGGCAAUAUGGGGUCCAAGCCAGUCACGGAUCCGUCAGCGCGAGUUUGGCACCGGGCGCAAGGGUCUUGGCGGUCAUUCGACCCAAAAGUCGAGUUUGGGAAAGUCUGUCGGACCUUGUUGGGAUUGUGCAAAGACUGGUCGAAGCAGCCAGAUUGA